GGGAGACAGAGGAGGAAGGAUUUUUUUUAAUCACCGACACUCUCUAUCCCUGUGGUCGACAACAGUGCUCUACCGGCGGUUGGAGGAGCCAGCUAGACCCGUCGGGCGACUGGUAACCUUGGAGGCACGCCAAACUACCCAGGAGGAGGGAAGAGGGGUGGAAGGAUGGCUGUCUCCCUGAUUUGACAGAAGACAUUUGUUCGGUGAAUGAGCGGAGGGCACCGUAUUGACGCAAUACCGCAGGUGAGUAACCAUGGAAUCCACUCACCUCCUGGACGGCUCCAAGAAACGGGUGAAGAUCCACCCUCACACRGUCACCGCCAAGUACGCCCCACACACACCCCACACACACACACACUUCCCCCAGCCCGGAGACGAGGGCUACGAUGACGCUCCCUCCUUCGAGGACUURGGCUCCUUCCUGGAGGAGACCUCGGACAAGAAACAGCUGACAGGAACCAGGAAGUGGACAGGAAAGGCCGGCGCUUUGUUUGGAGGGAAGGAGAAAAACAAAGACACACCCCCUAGACCUCCCAUGGGGGGAGGCGAGGGGGGGGUGGAGGGAGGAGGGAAGGGUGCAGGAGGGGGAGUAGGGGAGCAGCUAGCGAGUUUCAGRGAGGCGUCUGUCUCUGCGUCUCGGCUSACGUGGGCCAGUGUGGUCUUGGCGGGGCUGGCUCACGGCUGUGUGUGUGUUCUGACGCGCCUGGCCGCCUCACYCUUUAACCUCCCACCCUUAACUCUCCUCUUGGUACGAUCCAUCCUCCAGRUGCUCUAUGGGACUGUACCAAUGAAACGGGCGGAGACGGCCUUUGGCUCAAAGGGCUAUCGGCGGAAGCUGCUCCUGUACGGUCUGACUCACUCCUUCUCCCUCUGCUGCGCUUACUCGUCCUUAUCCUUCGUCUCCCUCGGGGACGACGAGGCCGUGUUGACAACCUGGCGCCUGGCGACCACCGUCCUGUCYGCCACUCUGGCGUUGUUGCUCCUGGACGAGCGGCUGGGAUUGGUGGACCUGGUCACCGUAGCGACAGGCGUGUUAGGACUGGGUCUGGCGCUAGUUCCUAACCCAACAGGGCUGGAUGAGAACAACAACGGGACCGGGUCAGGGAUACCCAAUGGGAUUAUUCCCAAUGGUGCGACUCCGGCACAACAGUCGGCCCAGUUCUGGCGGGAAGCGUUUGGUUGGUCCCUGWCUGUUCUCGCAGGACUAUGGAUGUCURUGGCUCUAGUAAUGUACCGCUCUCUGAAGGAACGGGUCAGUGUCGGCACCGCUCUGUUCACUGUCAGUUGGACCGGCUGUCUGAGCACCGCAGUCUCCAUGCUUCUCCUCCAACAGGGGCCAGUGUGGCCGGCCAGUCUCCAGGCUUGGUGCYUCGUCCUGGGGGUAGCUGUGUGCUCUGCUGGGGGGUUCGUGGGGGUGACCCAUGGCCUCACCCGACUUCACCCAGCUUUGGUGUCGGCUACACAGGGUCUGGAAGUACCGGUCGCUAUGAUGCUGGAGAUCGCUGUUGUCCCAUUGGUUCCCUCAGUGUGUGAGGUCAUAGGGGGUGUGGUGGUGGUGGCGAGCGUGGGUUGGCUUGUUACAGUGAAGCUCCUCCCCUCUCGAGGAAGUGGGAGGAAACAGAGAGAAGAGUACGAAGAGAUCCUGGACUCGCCAAUUAAAUAACACACACACGCGCACAUGCAAGGGGGACAUGCACGCACAAAUAUUCUGGACUUGCCUAUCAAAUAGACCACUCCCCGUCUAUCUAUGUUUCUGUCUCUCUCUCGCUCUCGCUCUCUCUCUCUCUCUCUCUCUGAGGUCAGUAUGUAUAUAAGAGGACUCUAUGGUGAAUGUUAAUGCUUGAGCUAAAAUAGCUGUCUUUAACCACAGAUCUAGAAUCAGAUACACCAACUCCAAUCCUUACCUUAACCAUUAGGAGGUGUCACAAUAUCUGACCCUGUAUCAGUGGUUAGGGAAAACAUCUACCUACUCCAAUGUGAAUAGUAAAUAUAUCUAUUUUGUGUUGUUGUUGUAAAGUUCCAAUACUGUGUUUUCUUACUGGCUGUUGUGAUAGUGUGAUGUCAUAUUAAA